AUGGCUGCAGCGCCUGCCUACGAGUCCGCGGCAGCGGUUCUGUCGCCCCCGAGCGAUGCUGACAGCCUCGAGAUGUUCUGGGCACCGGACGAGGACGCCAGGGCCAAGGAAGACUACAUCAACUCGCACCCGCUCACCGCGGCUCUCCGGGCCGACCCGGAUCUCAUCGAGGCGCGGCCGCACAUGAAGAUCCCGCCGUCAUGGAGGAAGCACAACCUAACCGGCGGCACCUUGAUAGGGCCCGGCAAGAUGGCUAUCCCGCCCUUCACCUGGACCGAGCGGACCGGCAAGAGCUACGUGCAAAUAACUCACGUGGGGGCGGACUUGUGCGGCCACAAGGGCAUUAUCCACGGGGGGUUUUUGGCGACCCUGCUGGACGAAGGCUUGGCGAGAUGCUCUUUCCCUGCGCUGCCUCACAACAUUGGCAUGACGGCAAAGCUGGAGGUCAAUUACAAAGCUCCCGCCAUGGCCGACCAGUACCUGGUGCUCCGAGCCAAGACGGUGAAAGUGGAAGGGAGAAAGGCGUGGGUCGAGGGCCAUAUUGAAACGCUCCCUGCCGAGGAGGGCCAAGAGCCCACCGUGCUGGCAACAGCGAGCGCCCUAUACAUUUCCCCGAAGCAGGCUUCGGUAGGUCGACCAGCUGCUUUGCUUCUGCGCAACAUCACCUGGCACCCAUCCCUCACCCGGCAUGAGCGGAGCCAACUGCGGCGCCAGCGCGGCUUCACGGUAUGGUUCACGGGGCUAUCGGCCUCUGGCAAGUCGACCGUGGCGACAGCGCUUGAGCAGCACCUGCUUCACAUCGGGCUGGCCGCGUACCGCCUUGACGGCGACAAUGUGCGCUUCGGGCUGAACAAGGACCUGGGCUUCUCGGAGAAGGACCGCAACGAGAACAUCCGCCGCAUUGCAGAGGUUGCCAAGCUCUUUGCCGACUCGUGCACCAUCGCCUUGACAUCCUUCAUCUCCCCUUACCGGGCCGACCGCCAGAUUGCGCGGGAUCUGCACGCCAGCGCCUCCCAGGCCGGCGAUGACCCGCUGCCCUUCAUCGAGGUCUUUGUCGACAUUCCCUUGGAAGAGGCCGAAAAGCGCGACCCCAAGGGCCUGUACAAGAAGGCGCGGGCUGGCGAGAUCAAAGACUUUACUGGCGUUUCGGCGCCCUACGAGGCGCCCGAAUCGCCCGAGAUCACCAUCCGUACGGACCAGCUAAGCGUCGAGGAAUGCGUCCGGAAGAUUGUGGAUUACCUGGCGGAAAAGGGUCUCAUUACUCAGACCGAGGAAACAAGAUGA